UGUCAAAAUACUCGUAAUUUCUCGCAAUGAAAGUCGCACGUAUACGCGGUAGCUCCAAGGCAUCUACAUGGAAGCGGCUCGGAUUCACGCCCGUUCCCGACCCCGCCACCAAGAAACAACGCGCACUUUGCCUGCACUGCCAUAAGCCACAGGCAAACACCAGCAUCGACAGGCUCGUCAUCCACAGAAAGUCGUGCAACAAAUACAAGGUGGACCUAACCGAGGAGUUCAAAAACAUAAGGGAUCAGGAGGGGGGGAAGAGCGAAAUCGAGCCGAAACCUGUUGGCGCCACAUAUACAACCUCAAUUACUUUGGACAAAUUGCUGGAAGACGAUGAUGUGCGGAACUCUGGUGCCGACCUGGAGGGGUACCUUACUCACAUUGAUGCACUUGCGGCCCCCCAUGCUGACGCCAGUCGCUUGCAGAAGGAACUGAUCAAGGCGGAAACCGAGUAUCUGGAGACAAAAUCGACCUAUUUUAACAAAUUGAACGAGAUUGCUGAGCUGAAGCGCACCGUGACCAUGCUGGAGGCGAAGAAAACCCAGUUAGAGAUUGUGAAACUGAGAGCAGAGUGCGAGUAGUAUUACUUCCGUUUAUUCCGUUUUAGCCUAUAUUUAACACAAUACAGUACACAAUAAAUACAAUA